UCAGUUUGCCUUGAGACUUGACAGAGGCGGGAUGUGCGACGCUCAGCGCCCGGGAUAACGCCAAGGGAUUAUAACGGACGGUUGUCGUUGUAGUGGAAGUCGGUGCGUCAAGGGGCUUCUUCUUCGAUCUUCGCAUUCGGCGAAGACACGAAAGAGUGAAUGUGCGAUUCGUUGGUGCCCAUAGGAAUGACGACCUGAUCUGGAUCUCCACGCGAAGGAGGAGCGAGGAUUUAAAAAAAAUAAAAAAAGGAGGGUUAACAGGAUUUGUUUAAAAAAAAAAGGGAGAGAUAAUUUUCAAUCUUUUGAGACUUUCAAAACGUGUGUCGUUUCGAGUGAAUAUAUAUAUAUAAAUCUUGAUAUCUAAUUAUAUUUCCAUGCGAUUUGUGACACCCGAUCCUAUAAAAUGCAGAAGAAAAAACAUAGCACACUGUAAGAGCAGUUGAAGAAUUUAAUAGUUUUUUUUGAAAUACCGAAAAAUUCGAAUGUCAGAAUCAUACCAGUAGGUCACCCUUCAACGACGUCUUAACCCCACAACGACACGUGUGUCUAUGAGGAGGAGGAGGACACGACGGACGAGGAGGCCCUGGAUGUUGUACGCAAAACCGAAGGGGGAGAGAUAUUUCUACUUCGGUGUCAAGGAACUUCGGUGGGUUCGCCCUCGAGGAAGGAACAGUGGCCGGCGCUCCGGGAGUAAGAGCCAAGGCGUUCCCCCACCUCCCACCCUGCGAAGAAUGAAAAGGGGAGUGGUCUUGCUUUGAGGCACCGCCCAUCAAGCUGCCACCCCGCCGUCCGAGGCGAGGGCGGCGCCCACGGUAUGGUGAAACAGUGCCCAAACCCUCGCCAGCGCCUACGCCCCCGCCUCUAAUGCCCCCAGGCCCUAGGGACGGUUCUAUGCUCAAACACAUGCUCACUGUGGCUGGAAGACAGGCUGCCGCUGCCGCUGCUAGUGCCGGAGGAGGAGGAGGAGGGGGAGGUGGAGGAGGGGGAGGGGGAGGGAAUACCCUCGAUGGAAGGGGCUCCCUGGUUGGGGGACUGGGCACCUCUGCCCACAUACCCUCCACAGCCACCCUCCCCCACCUCCAUCACCACCACCACCACCAUCACCCCAACGGCCCCUCCUCCCCGUCCUCCUCCUCCGCCGCCGCCGCCGCUGCUGCGGCAGCGAACACCAGCAACACAGGCUCCUCCUCCUCUUCCUCUGGCAACCACCAUCCCCCCCACCACUCCAACAACCUCAACCACCACCACCACCUCCUCCAACACCACCAUCACCAUCACCCGACCACCCCGCCCAGUACCGGUACCACCCUCAGUGUCAAGGUGAACGGCGCGGCGGGAGGCCGCCAUCACCCAGCGCUCAACAUGAGUUCGCUCUCCUCCUCCAAGCAUUCGGUCGGCGGGAACAGCGGCUCCGUCAGCCCGGGCACGACGACGGUGACCCGCACCACGGGCCUCGACCACUCCCGCGACCACUCCUCCCACCUCACCGACCUGUCCCACAUCUCGCAUCUGUCGCCCAUACCGCCCGCGCUGCUGGACAUCUCCAAGGCGAGCAAGCGGUCGGCGGGCGGCCUCCUCCCACGAUUCAUCACCCUCACCCGCUCGACGGGCACCAGAGGCGCCCUCACGUCCCUGGGCCUGCUGUGCCUCAUCUCGCUCCUGCUCGCCCUCCUGGCCCUCACCUUCCUGGUGGAGCUCACGCCCCUCGAGCCGGACGCGGACAGCGUGCAGGAGGUCACCCUCGCCCUGGCGGCCCUCACGCUCUCCCUCGACCUCAGCUGCCUCCUCAUAUGCGCGGCUCAGUUCAUAUUCGCCAUCAAACUCGCCAAGUCUCCCAAUGGGGAGGAAAGGAUGAGCAAAUACCUCAGGCAAUCUUCGAUCUCGAGGGUGUGUGCCGUGGGAGGGUUUUUCGUCUCUGUACCUGUUUUCCUAACCGGGGUCAUCCUGUACACAUUCAUCCACUUCCAGUCAACGCCGGCCAUCUUAACGUCGGUCUUCAUAGGAGUGGGGAUUAUCUUCUGCGGGUGUGCCAUGAUCCACAACGUCUUCAUUUGGCAAAAGGAGAAGACGAAAGCUGUGGCACAGCAAAACAUACAGCAAGCCGUCAGCCAAGAGGCGCGACUGCGUGAGCUCAACACUUCACCUCUACCAAAUGCUACUCUCGAUCUGUCAGGAACCACUCCUCCUCACGAGCUGUCCACACUUGUGUAACUCGGCUUUGGUAAUUUUUUUUUUCACUAGUGCGAAGACGUCUAGAACUCUAUAGAAAAUGAAAUCCAGUGAUUUUGUUUGUAUCCUUUCCAGUGUGACAAUAGCAGUGCAAUGAUCCGAUAGAAAAACCAAUUCCUAAACUUGACCCACUGAUUGUAAUACAUAGUCUUUCAUACACGAAUGGAGAGAACUCUCGCAUCCUUCAGAAAAUAAAAGACACCAAGUAUCCAUAUGGAAUGACCAGUGUAUUCCAUGUGUGUAUGCUCAAAGAUUUCUUGUGAAGACGUAUACUACAUAUCUCCGGAGCGUGGCUCACCCCCGUAUGAGCAUGUAUUGUGGAAUGAGCCAUUCACUGCCUCAGUGUUUCUUCGUAAUCUGGUAAUCAGUGACUCUGCGACUCUGAGAAAAAAAAAUCGAAAACUUCAUAGACUUUAUUCAAGUUUCAUUACCAUUUACACUUAUGAUUCUGAAUCAUACGGUUCUCAUAAACGAUUGUUGACUCAUACUGUAGUACAUCAGGAAAGCAUUUACCACUUUUUUUAAACUCCUUAAAAACUCUGGAGACAGAGUUACCAACACCAAAGUUUUAUGCAUUUGUAACUGCCAGUUUCCUCAUAUCAUUGUACCCCAGUUCUUUCAAGAGGGAAGGAAAUGAAAUGUACAGUACAGGCAUUUCCGUUCACGGGCAAAAGAAGAAACGAUAUUACACUUUUCCUUUGUAAGAUUCUGAUACACAUCAGAAAAAUGUGAAAUUCUGUAUUCAAUAAAUGUGUGAAAACAUGGUUGCCACUUUCAUAGGGAGGUCAUGUAUGAGCUACUGUACUGUGUACAGUAAUGUUUUAGUAAAUCAUCUGUUCCUUACUUUAUCAAGCCAUGUACUGUACGUGCGAUUUUGAUCUGGCAUUCGAUAAGUACAAAUUGUAUACAUACUGUAAUUUGUAUUUAUGUACAAAGCAGGACUUAGCUCUGUCGACAAAGAAAACCAAACUUACCAGUCACAGUUGAUGUCUGUAGCGGCGCUAAAUUUUCUUUUUCUUUUACCAAUUCAUAUCCUGAAACGGUGUCGCAAACGACAUAUAAGUCAUCGACGCCCUACUAUUUCCUGUGAGCCUAAAUAUCCAUUGGUGAAUUUCACGCAGUUAAAACUCAGGCCCCGCAUUUUCCUAGCAUUUGUAAGUCGGGUUUUCGCAGACGACCUGGAGCUGAUCUUGAGACCAACAGAACGAUUCCCCUGCUUUCUGCAUUUAUCCGCGACUGUAUUUCCUCCUGUCUUAGAAGAAGUCUCCUCCUUCCCUUCUUUAGAACUGUACCAAUUGUAAGAAGACUUUAGCAUUUAGCUAGCAUUAGUUUUAUAUGGAUAAUGUAUAUAAUUUUAUAUGCAUAUUUAUGAAAAUGUAAAUAUUUAUUAAAAA